CCAGAGCCGCCAUCAUGUCCUAUCUGAUGUAGGAAACGUUGACGAUGGCAUUCAUCUCAAGAAGUCGUUCACGGAAUCGUCCGAUGCUCAUAAGGGGUCGGGGAAAGUUCUUCCGGGGACGAGGCAGUGUCGGAAACAGAGGUGAAGGUUUACGCAUUACAUUGAACAAUCGCGCUGAUGGUGGUGAGAGUGGAGUUCAACGAUCAUCGAGAGGCAGAGGUUCGAUCCAUAAACAAGAUAGGCACAGCAGAGAUCGUCGAGAAAAUCCUGAUUACGUUGGAAAUGACAGUCGUGAUAUGCGUGAAAAAUCAGCAGAGAGGAAAAGACAUGACCACUAUGAGUUCAGAAGGGGUGACGUUUCGCCAUCGAUGCGACGAUCACAUGACAAAAUUGAUUUGGCAGCAGAUGCAGAAUCUUUGAGAAUCACGGUUGGCAAUGAAAAAUUCUUCAAAGAAAGAGUUGAUGAGUCUCCAAGGAGAGUUACCCCUUUGUCUGAACGCUUGGGACCACCUGUAGAUAUGACUGAACCAUUGGAUGGGCCUACCCGGCAAAGAGACUAUGGACAAAGAGGAAGGUAUUCUAAUGACAGGUUUGAUUGUGAGAAAGAGAAAACUUACUGGCUGCAUGAGGAAACCCAAAGAUCAGAAAAGUAUAAGAGAUGUGAUGAGAGACAACUUAAUAGAUACAGUAAGAGAACCCCAGUUGAUGAUAGUCCAUAUGACAAAGCUAGAAAGACAGGCUCAAAGGAUCAUGAUUGGAAAAAUAGUCAUGAUGAAUACAGUGACAGUUGCCAGGACCCCCAAAGGGCAAAUGUUCGUCAUUAUCGUUUCGAACAAAGAAACAUGGAUAGUGAUACAGUGCACAGAAGAAGUGGAGACAGAUAUGAAAAAGACGAUUUCCGAUGUGGUAAAAGGAAAUAUGAUAGAUAUAAGGAUUACGAUGACUCAAGAAAGGUACCCUUUUCCCCAGAGAUGAAGAGAGAUGAUUUCAACAAAAGUUAUCAGAGUGAUAGAAGACGAGAAUCUGUCGAUAGUUUUGAAAAUUAUGACCAUGAUGUCAAUGUUAAUGAGUAUAAACAUGAUGUUGAAAGAAAGAAAUUUCAUAUCCAUGAAAUGAGUAACAGAGUGGCUAGCCACAGGGAAAUUGAAUCCAGCAUGCAUUCACCAAAUUCAGAGAAGAGAUCCCCAAGGAUAGAGAGGGAGAAACGAGGAGGCCUGGUAGAACAAAUAGAUAAUGAAUUAUCAUCAUCUAGGAUAGACAGUGUAAUUCAACAUCAGAGCGAAGCACCAUCUGUUGCCACAAAACCCCUCAAGUCAAUCCUCAAAAAAAGAAGUGAUUCAGCAAGUGGGUAUGACGCAGGCACCCAAGGUGGCGUUGCAGAGCAAGUGUCAGACUUUCUAAAACAGUUUCAAGCACCACUGCCCUCAGAUGAUCUUGUGAGUGUGGCUUCUGGCAGAGCAAGUUUGGAGAUGCAGGUUAAUGCCUCAUUGCAAAGUAACACAAAUGUGCCAGGAUGUGUGCAGAAUGAGAUGAAUGUAGAUGAUGAAGAAAGAUUUUUGUAUGGAGAUGCUGAAAUUAAUGCUGCUAUCACAAAGGCUCAUCAAUCACAGGCUCUGUUUCCUGUGUUAGACAAAGAGGUAACCAAAUCACAGAUCAUUCAAGAGCACAAUUCAGCAAAUCCAAAGAUGAUGUUUGACCCAUCUUCAUGUAUACCAUCAUGGAUGAAGCCUCAACCUUCUAUUGAACCAGGAAGUACUGAAGAAAACAAGGGGGAGGAUAUGGACAAAACUGUACAAAACAUCCUUAAGUCGAUAGGAUUCAAUUUUGAUUUGUCAAAACGAAUGCAGGAGCUUGCAAAACUGAAAAAGCAAAAAGAAGAAGAAUCACAUUUUUCUAUAAAUAAAAAUGCUUCCUUCCUUGGCGGUGGAAUAUCCAGCGCUGACAUCAGAGCAAAACUAUUCAAGAAAGAAGAUGCAGGUACUCCUGUUGAAAGUUUCGUGAAAGAGGCAAAAGAAACAGUUAAACAUUCUGAUAAAGGAUAUCAAGACUAUCCUGUUGAUCACCAAAGGAAUGAACCACUGGUUGUGACUCAUCAGGAUCAAAAUGAAAAAUUUAGGGAUAUUGAUUUGAUCCAUCAGCCUACUGCACCUGCCAGUCAACAAACAACUCCAGUUUCACAUUUUCAGCCUCCUCCAAUGCAGUACCCUUCAUUUUACAGUGGUAUGUAUCAUUCCGCCUAUGGUCAGCAGGCGGGACACCCAAGUUUGGUACCACCAGGAAAUCCACAUGCACAUCUUCCUCCAACAUACAGCUAUGCAUCACCUUAUACCUGUGCCCAGCAUAGCUAUUCAACCCCAGUUUCUCAUCUUGCACAAUCCUAUUCUUCACAUAUGUCUCCAUCUCCAGAAAUUGGUUCUUUAAAACCAAGACGACCUGCAAGCAGUGCAAAUUUGACAAUUGUCCCCAUAGCAGAUGAUGAAAAAAAACCCAAACUAACAGCACCAGAAGUGACCAAGAAAACCAUGAAACGAGAACGAGAAAAGUCACCUGAGUAUUCUCGAAUUGUGAUUGCACCAAAAUCCAAAUCGAAAGAUGAAAGAAGUCCUGCUCAGAAAAUUUUGAAGGUCAAAAGAGAAAGCACAAAGGAUAAAUCCAAAAAGCCUAAUUCUGACAAUAAAUUGUCUGAUACAAUUUUGCAUAAAGAAAAAGCUCAACUGAGCAAGCCAAUGCUUCAGGAACAAAAGGACGAGGUCAAGCCAUCAACACUGUCAACUUCAGAAAAGCAAAGUCUGUUGAAAGAGUGUGAAGACAGAAAAAAGAAGUUACAGGUAUUGGAGAAAGAACUUGGUAAGCUAAAAAAGCAUCAAAAUGAAAUCAUGAGAAGACGACAGCGACAGAGAGAUGGACAUAAAGAUCCCUUGUUGGUACAAAAUAGCAAAUUGCAAGAGGAAAUAACCAUACAAAUUCGACAUCUGAGAAAAGCUUCCGAGAAGUCUGCCUUUGUCCUCAAACAGGCAGACAAGGAGGACCAAAACAACUUAACUGCUGCAAGAAAAGAUGUAGAUGAUCCCUUCCAAGUUGACACAAAAACUGAAAAGAAUGUGGGCAUCAAAUAUGAGUUCUACGAUCCAGGUGGUCACUGGUGUGGAGUUUGCCAUCAUGUAUCAGCUUCUCUUUUUGACCACUUCACUCAUCUGCAGGCAAAGAAACACAAACAGAAAUGCGACCCAUAUGAUCGUCCUUGGUUGACUGACAUCACUCAAAAUACUGACAAAAGGCAAGAGAAGGCUGCUACUGUGGAGGUGAAGGCAAUGAAAGGUGUAGAGUUCAUGAUGAGCACAGAUGCCUUCUACUGCUCUCUGUGUCAUAUCUUCAGCGGAGAUGUAACAAGUGCAGAGUUGCAUAUCAAAAGUGAAGAACAUUUUGCCAAGUAUGAGAAUCAUCUACAACAGAAUGAAUUUUACGAGAAACGAUACACACUUGAAAAGACUGCCUUUUUAUCACAAGUGAAAGAGGAAGAGAAAAAGAAUGGUGAAAAGGAAAAAGUUAGAAAAUGUAAAAGUCUGCAAGGUGAAAUUGAUGAAGUACCUCAUGUGGUUGAGAACUUACCAUCAUACAAAAGUAACCUGGAUAGCCAUGAUGAAGAGAGAAAACAAGAGGUAAACGAAACUCCUAUUUCUCAGAAACAUAAAAGGAUUUGUGAAGAUAAAGCAAAGCCACAGAAAGAAGAAAUCCCUGCAGAUUCCAAACAAGAGGACACAACAAAAGGGAAAAUAGCAAUAAAACUUACUGGGAAAACUGGAAUAAAACCUCAACCUCGGAUCCUUCCUCCUUGGACACCAGUUACCAAGAAAGAGUUGUUUAGAACCAAGAAUAAAGCAGAAGCUCUCCCAGUGAAGAAAGGCAUUACAAAAUCGGAAAGUGUUCAACCUGCCUCACUUGACAUGUUUCUUACAAUAGGAGGUCCCACAACUAAGAAGUUGCCUGUGUAUAAACUGCGUUCAGGUACAGUAAAGAAGCCUUGCAACAUCAGAGCUAAAAGUCCAGAUGAAAUAAAAAAUCAAGAAGGGGAGAAACUGAGUGACAUGAAGAGUGACAUGAAGUUACUUGGAAUAGAAGAAGAUAUGUCAACACCUAUAGCUGCUAAGAAACCACCACCACCAAGAUCACAGAAUCUCUCACUGCCAAAAGAUCCAUCUUCUAAUUCUUCGUCCUCUGCUGAAGAAUUGUACAGUGUUUUCUAUCAUGAUUCUGCUUGCACUGCCCGGGACUGUGCGUCAAAUAUCAACCUUGAUGAUAUACCUAUUCCUCCUCCCCCUCCUCAGCCAAGUAUAAUAACCCCUGACAGUGAGGAAACCAAAGCAAAAGAUACGGAAAAGCCCAUUGAAAACAAAGUCAUGUCCAGUGACAUGAUUAUCAGAAGCAAAGCUUUAGUGGUUGAUACAGAGAAUAACUGUACCAAUACCGAUUUGGUUGAAACUCCACUGGCUCUUACUCAUGGGAUUAAUGUCGCAGAAGGUGGAUGUGAACAAGAUUGUAAAAAUUUGAAUACAGCUACCCUCAAAGAUGCAGUGAAGAUUGACAGCAGCAUUGUAGUUGGUGAUGAUGAUAAAGAGCGUCAGGAGAAGAUCUUUCUGUCAGUUGAAGUAGAGGGAGUUGCAGGCUGUAAAAAUGAUAUGGAAAAAAGUUCUGACAUUUCAGAUGAAACAAAAGAAAAACAACAUCUAAUGGUGAAUGAAAACGAAAAUGUUUCUGAACUGAGUGUGGCAAGAGGAAAUGAAGAUGAAAGCACACUUCCUCGAAAAGAAAGCACUCUCAAUGAAAAAACAAAGGUUUCUGCAGAUCUACAGACAGACUCUGGUAUUACUGACAGCCAAGAAGAAACUUCUGGGCAAAGUUGUCAUCUUGAUGAUGUGAUCCCAGUUGUUGGACAGGAUUUUGAAGAAGAAAUGGAAAUGGCAGCUGAGGUUCCUACAAUUGAUUUGAUUGACAAUUCACAUAUUUAUCCAGUAGAUCCUGCAGGGGUGUCGUCCAAAGCACCUGGAAGUAACACUGUUACAGACAAUGAAGAUAUUGGAAGCAACGAAAGCUGUGAAAGCAUGCACAUGGAUAGUGACUUUGAGGUACUUGAUGAAUAUGAGGCUGACUAGUGUUGGUUGUCACUGCCCUCUUUUUUUAUGAACUUUUCAACAUGCUUAGCUUUAAUUGUGUUUAUCUCUUUAUUGCGUAGAUGUGGAUAGAUAGUUAGGUGUGUCAGGAAAAUGAUAGCAUUCUGUUUUUGCAGUGAUGGUGAGGGUCAAUAAAGGUAAAGAUGCUUAAACACCUGAAUUAUAAUUUUUGCUUGUUAUGUUUCUAUUGGUAACUCAACAAACACAACAUACAUUGAAGACCCACUGUGUAUACAUUUCAUCCUGUUGUCCAUUUGACAGCAUUGUUGUUGAUGUUUUGUUUUCCAGGACCAAACAUCCAAAUGGGCUUAUUCAUCUUCCCAUUUGUCAUCAGACCAUUAACUUUUAACUUGUUGCAUUCUUUUUGGUAGAAAUAUAAUAAAAUCAGAUUUAUAAA